UUUGAGAGUAUAUUCCUGUGUUUAAUGUCUUUGAUACCUAAAAAUUCUCAGUAUAACUAAUAGUUGGUUAAAACAUAUUUUCUAUCAUUCGGAGUGAUGUAGUGCAAAUAGGAAAAGCCAAGGCGGUAGAAUGAUAUCAUAUCAGAAAUAAAAGUUUUAGUUAAAAUUAAACCUCCGAAGCGAUGAUUAUAAAUUGUAGUACGUGUAAAAAUAUUGUGUAAACCAUGGUUCGACCACAGGAAGAAAUUAACGAGCAGACGUUGUUCUGGCGGAAAGUAUUAUCAGCAUUAUUUUAUGGUAUUGCAUCUUUUAUGAUAACAGUCAUAAAUAAACUAGUGCUUACUACUUAUGGAUUUCCAUCGUUUCAAGUACUUGGUAUUGGCCAAAUGGUUGCUACUAUUGUUGUAUUAUUAGUAGCAAAGAAACUUAGAAUAGUGAACUUUCCAAAUUUGGAAUUCAGUAUUUUGGGAAAAAUAUUUCCACUACCUCUUAUAUAUCUAGGAAACAUGUUUUUUGGACUAGGAGGUACCAAAGAGUUAAGUUUACCAAUGUUUACAGCUUUACGAAGGUUUUCAAUAUUAAUGACGAUGGUUUUGGAGUUCUACAUCUUAGGUGUUAAACCAAGUUUUAGUGUACAGUUUAGUGUUUAUACUAUGAUUUUGGGUGCCAUAGUUGCUGCCAUGCACGAUCUUGCCUUUGCUGUGAGAGGUUAUGUGUUUAUAUUCUUGAAUAAUUUUUUUACCGCAACUAAUGGUGUUUAUAUGAAGAAAAAAUUAGAUUCUAAAGAACUAGGCAAAUAUGGGCUUAUGUUUUAUAAUGCUUUAUUUAUGAUAAUUCCUGCUACAUUAUUUGCCUAUUAUUCUGGAGAUUUACACGAAUCAUAUUAUUAUAAAUAUUGGGAUGAUCCAUUGUUUGUUAUUCAAUUUUCAAUAUCUUGUGUGAUGGGAUUCAUUUUAUCUUACAGUGUAGUAUUAUGUACUUAUUACAAUUCAGCUUUAACUACGACAAUUAUUGGGACUUUAAAAAACAUUUGUGUUACUUAUUUAGGUAUGGUUAUUGGAGGUGAUUAUAUAUUUUCUAUUGAAAAUUUCUUGGGUAUUAACAUAAGUGUACUAGGAAGUUUGGUAUACACUUAUGUUACUUUCAGACGGAAACAGUCUGUUUCAUAUUCACCUAUCUCUACUACCGAAGUUAAGUCUGAAAAUAUUGUAUAGUAUUUGCUACCUUUUGUAGGAAAUAUUUUGAAAGCUAAUCAAUUUUCAUUACCUAUAAAAUUGAUAUUAAUUUCUUGUAUAUACUAGUCACAUUGUCAAUUUUUUCUGUAAAUAUGUGAUUUUAUGGUCUCUUUAAAUAGUAAAUGUAUUAGUAAGAUAUUUUUUGAAUUCUUGAUGAGUUAUUAGAACUGAACUAUUUUAGGAUACUAUUCUGAAGUAGUAGUGAUUUUAUAAAAAUGUGCAAUAUAUAUAUAUAUAUAUAUAUAUAUAUAUAUAUAUAUAUAUAUAUAUAUAUAUAUAUAUAUAUAUAUAUAUAUAUAUAAAUAUAAACAUUAUUACGUCCGUACAAAAGUCAUACACUGUUGCGUCCUCAAGAAAACCAAGAGUUAACCAUGAUCUUAUUGUGUAUACUGGUUUACCAAUGAAGUAGAUGGAUAGGACUAUAUGUAGAUAAUUGAUAUUCACAAUUUUCAAAUAUACAAAUUUUCAUUCAUUCUACAACAAUGCUGCUUCCUUAUAACAAGUAACUUUGUCAGCUCCAUAUAAUGACUACACCAUACAUUGCUGCAUCCGUGCGGUGUUGUCAAACCGCCAGGACGCAAUAAUAUACUAUCAUUAAAUAUCACAUGAAAUGUAUAUAAUCUUAAAAGAGUUUCCUUGUAGAAAUAUAUCUCUGAUUUUAAGAAUAUGGAAAAGACAAUGUAAAAUACGCAAUAACUCUAAUAAUUAGCUACUGGUAUACACUUUUUCCGACUCAAAAAAAUGGAAAGCAUGUGGGGAUUGAUCAGGUAUGCCUCUAAAAUAUACCUCCAGAGGAAAGUGAUAACUAUACUUGUGAAACAUCGCAAUCCAAUAAUAACCAUAAAUCGUGCAAAGUCAAUUGUUACCAACUUUUUAAUCGUAUUUUAAAGAGAAUAGCCAGGAGGAAAUGGAUUGACCAAAUCGAAAAUAUGGAUAUUGAUAAAGAGAAAACAGAAAUUGAGACAAUAGCUAGGGACAGAAAGGGAACAGUACAAAUAAAUCAUGAAGCUAAAUUUAUACCAGUUUUAUUGAUUUUUUAAAAUAUAAUAGAAAUCCUUUAUAUGCACUAUCAACUCUAUUUUCUGCUUUUAGUAUAAUAAUUUUGAACAAAUACUUUGAUUUUUAGCCAAUCUUUGUUUAGAAUUUUUUCAUAUUUUGUUUUCAGAUCUUCACAUUCGAAUCUUUUAGGGGGCUUCUUAGUUUUAAUAUGAUCUUUAAAAUAGUAUAGUGUGACUUUUUUUUGGUCAUCUGUCCAAGGAACCAGUUUACGAGUUUUUUUCUUUUUAGUCCCUGCAACAGGUUUCCCAUCAACGUUGUUUGUUGGAACAAAAUCUUGAGUAGAUGGCUUUGACGUAUCUAACAGUUCCCUUAUUAUUGGAUUUUCAUCCUCGUCACUAUCACUAUCAGAGUCUCGGUCACUUAGAAGAUUUUUUUCCAUAUCAAUGUUUAUUUCAUCAAUAGAUUUUCCUUUAUAUUGAUCUGCUCCGCCUUUUUCCAUUACCAUCAACAGUUUAGAUAUCUUCGCCGUUUGAUAAACAUCAUCGGGUAGUCGAUAGGAAUUUCUGUGAACACCACUUGUGUGUCCCAUAAAUGUCGCCAACUGUUCUAUUUCCCCAUCUGAUAAGUUGAAUAAUUGCGAUAAAGUUGCAAGAUGUUUGCGCAGUCGGGUUGACGUAAUUGAUGAUGGGUUUUGUGCUCCACAUAAUUUAGCAUGUUUGGCUAACACUUUAUAACCUAUCAAAUGUGAAUUUGAAUUCGCCAUUGCGAAAAGAUAUGGGUUAUUUAUGGUCACAAAAUGGUGUCUAACUUCUAACAUUUUUUUGAUAUUGUCUUGUAUGUCAGAUUAUUAAAUGCUUGAAUUGUAUCAGACUUUUUUUGAUAUUGCUGAUGGUCGAUAUCAUCUUCUAUGAUAUAUUUCAUAUCCUCAGCUCCUUUAAUUAGGACUCUUAAAGAUUCUCCAGAUAAGUCGAUGAGAUGAUUCCUUAAUAAACGCAAAUCACUGGCAAGAGGUACAAUGGUUACUUUGUUCCAUUUGUUAAGAUUAAGGUUGUAACUGGCAUGUGAAGAAAUCUCACAACUCCAAUUAGUUUCAAAAAGACGAAUCAACGUUUUCAAGUCCGCCUCUAUUUCCGCAGUAGAUAAAGUGGUACCUUUAUUUUUAGUGUAAAUAUCGCAACACUGUUUCAAAGACGUAACAAUAUUCAUGGCGAAAGUUGGAGACAGAUAAACAUCUCGUUCCGAAUCAUAUUUAGCAAUUCGUUUUGUGGCUUCCACGAAAAUGUCGAAAUACUUUGGCUUCAAAGCUGAAAUGAAUGUGGUUAUGGAUGGAUCCAACUUUCUUAUUUCCAAAAGGAUUUUAGAAAGUUCUCUCAUUUUGCGUGAUGUUACGUAAAUAAAAUGUUUUUCACGGUGCGUUUUUAAGUACUUAGCUCCGAACUCGCAAAUAAGUGGAUCUUUUUGAGCUUCCAAAGACAACUUGUCCGCUCUCAUAUGCGGGAAUUCCUCUUUCAGUCGUUGAUCUACUUUGGCAUUAUGGAAUAGUUUUAAAUGUUUGCUAUUUUGAGAGCUACCAGAAUCUCUCUUUACACAUUUUUUCUUAUGUCUGUAUAAAAGUUUCGAGGAAAAAUACCCUAAACAGUUGUUACAAGGUACUUUAUCUCUCUCUGGUACAUAACCCUCCCUAACAGGCUUAAAACAAGUGCCACCGUCGGCCAAAUAAUUUCCCUUUCUUCUAAGGUCAUUGAAUAGCUCUUUUCUUUCUUUACUUUUAACGGGCUUUGCUAAAAUUCUUGCUACAUCUAUUUCGUUUGAAUGGUUCCGUAUCACAUGGCGGCCGAAAUUUAGAACCUUAGUUUCGCAAUAAUAACAAUGAUCCGGUUUUCUCUUAUAUGGUGUUUUAAUUGGUUUUGUACAACUUAAAGUACUCGGUUACCUUGAAUUGUUACAUAAAUCUUGGUCUUUAUCCAUCGUUUUAGUAGUAAUCAACUGUCUACUGCUUGAAGUAUUCGGUACAUUUAAAUCGUAUUCGUUAUCUUUAGCUGUAUCAUACACUCCAAUAGAGGGCGAAUUAACAUAAUCAGUAGUAAUCUUCAUCUGGGUUGAGCUUUUGUUUAUAUUAGGUUUCUUAGUCUUCUUCGGUGCUGGAUUCUCAUCAACAUCUGAGCAGCUAUCCUGCGAAAAAAAUGUAACGUGAAUUAUCUCGUGAACCAAUUAGGUGAUAAAUGUAUAAGAAUUUCUAAAACUAGAAAGAAUUUAGUGAAUAGCUAUUUAAGUUCUUAGUGCCAUAAUAAGUGUUUUAUAGUACGCGUCUGGAAGUUUGCCGAACGAGCUGUAUGCUAAUUCUCUUACCAGACAAAAGUACUAUAAAACAAGAAUAUGCCAUGUAUAAUAUACAAGGUUUUAUCUUCGAUCCCUCACCGCAAUUUCGAUCGACUAUUUCUGCAAUUUUUUAUAAUCACUAAGAACAAAAGUAAUACUAGUUUUUCUAAAACCCCUUAACAAAGUAGAAUUCGACGCUUUCAAAUCCCAACACAAAGUAAACGUUUUCCGGGAAAUCAGUAUGGGCCUGGAUAUUUAUCUACUCACAGGCAAGGUCCAAAACCUAUAUUCACAAUUUAAUGAAAAUGGAAAAAAAAAUUUACUUACUUCGUCACUACUAGGACAAUAUAGAGAAUCUUCACUUGACGAAGCAUUAAAAGGAUCUUCCGGUGUACAUGGAGAUGACUCUGUAUUCAUUUGAAUUUUAUCAUAUUCAAAUAUUUUGUUUGAGGUAAUAUUCAGUUCUGACUAAAAUAUAAAAAGCAAAAAAACGUUUGGAUAAUGGAGAAAUUAUUAGUUUUGUUUGGGAAUACAAAAUACAAAAUGAAGGAGAAGGCGUUUUACCUAUUUUGAAUUUGAAAAAUAUUUGUAGAAAAAUUAACACAUGACAACAUGUUUUUCAGUAGCUACAAAAUUAAAUUAAAUUGCAAAAUUUCAAAACUAUCACUUUUACUCACUAAAAGACAAUGAGUGACAAUACCAAUAAUUAUUAUUAAUUGGAGGUAACUGAAAAUUUUUAUAAAGACAAAAGUCAUAAGAAAAUCACGAAUGUAAUAAUUUCAUAUAUAUUAUAAAAAUACUUACCUUCUUCAGUAUCAAAACUCAAGUUACUGAAUAUUUUAUCAAUGCGCCUUGUCAUAUUAGCACACUGGAAGCAACAAUGUCUUGGAAUAACACGAUCUCACAAGCACAAGAAACGUUAAAACACAAUAUUUUGGGUCUAAAAAUAGAGAGCAGUGUUGCCAUAUCUCGGACGCAACAACAUAUUACGUUUUUAAAAUAUAUACUUAAGUGUGUAUACAAUAUUUGGUACUCUGCCGGAAAAUCAAUGAACUAACAAUAUACAUUUUCAUCCAUAUUAGUAAUAUUAUUGCGUCCAAUUCCAAAUAGAAAAUCCAAUAAAAUCAUAGAGAGAUCACUAGAUGACGUUGAGUUUUAUAAAGAAAUAGAAAUGUAGGAACCUUUGUUGACUGUUCUUGUUAAUAUUUUUCACAAACGUUGGCAAAAAUCCACAAAAACAUGGAUUGACAUUGUUGCGUCCGAUAUUCGGACGCAAUAAUUCGAAGGAAGCAAUAGUGUAUGUGUUUGGGAUGUUUAUGGACGCAACAAUGAUAGAAGUUUAUAUAUAUAUAUAUAUAUAUAUAUAUAUAUAUAUAUAUAUAUAUAUAUAUUUUAAUUGAUAAUGGUCUACUGUUCAAAAGUAUUUGGUUAUUUAGUAUAAAUGAGACAACUUCAUAUUUCAAUUUUCUAUUUGAAAUUAGAGUGUUUCUAUGCAUCAACAUUUUUUUCAUGAAAACUUCCAUAACAACUAAUUUAUCCAACAUUACCUUAAUUAUCUUCUGCCAUUUGUCUUAUAGUUUUCUUCACAACCUGAAGCAAAUACUAUUAUAAUUAAAUGGUGCUAAGACUGCAGACUAUGGGUAGUUGAGUCAUGACUUAUACCUCCUGUUCUAUAGGAGAUACCUGAUAAAUUUUUUUUAAAUAUACAAAGAAAAAUACGUCGUUUUUGAUAAGGGGGAAUAAAUUCUAUAAUCUUUUAGUUCCAUAUUUUAAAUCAUUAAUUAUGUAUUUAAUUAAUUACACAAUAAUUUUAAAUGUAGAAUUGAAUUUACCAUCACUUUGUUGUUUCAUAAAAUGUGUGCUCACAGAUAUAUUUUUAUUAUUUUAUACAUAAGAUGAGUUUGAUUAAACAUGGUGAUUUUAA